CGACAACAUAUCCCGCCCGCAAUCAUGGCCACAGAGCUCACUGUCCAGUCGGAGCGCGCUUACCAGAAGCAGCCCCAUAUCUUCCUCAACCACAAGGCCAGCGGACCGCGCAAGAACACCCGAAACAGGCGAUGGUAUAAGGAUGUCGGGCUUGGGUUCCGUACCCCCAAGACGGCUAUUGAGGGCUCGUACAUUGACAAGAAGUGCCCCUUCACGGGUAUGGUGUCGAUCCGAGGACGUAUCCUCACCGGAACCGUUGUCUCCACCAAGAUGCACCGAACCCUGAUCAUCCGCCGCGAAUAUCUCCACUUCAUCCAGAAGUACUCCCGUUACGAGAAACGCCACAAGAACCUCGCUGCCCAUGUCUCUCCCGCGUUCCGUGUCGAGCCAGGUGACCAGGUCGUUGUUGGCCAAUGUCGACCGCUCAGCAAGACCGUUCGCUUCAAUGUUCUCCGUGUACUUCCACGAACCGGCAAGGCUGUCAAGUCGUUCACCAAGUUUUAGGCGCAUGAUAAAGAUGUAUGGGAUGGAAUCGAGAUGGCAAGAUGCGGUAUUGCAGUAGAGGGGUGGCUGGGGAUGCGGGAUCGGUCAACUCUGCAUAUUGGUUCAGGAAAUAAGGAGUCCUAAGGGCCGUGUAUGUUCUGGCAGUUCUAUGAUCAAUGAAAGCCCUUGGCUGGAUAAAAUGGCCACCGUCAAGGCAGGUUAAAAAUGCAAGUGGAAUGCACCUUCAAAUGGAUUGCCUUCGACAAAAUUGCACGGCGUUAACAAUACUCUAAAUGUUGACAACGGACGCCUAAUUUGGCUGGGUCAACUAGCACACGCAUCGUCUUCCAAAGGCCCAUAUAAAGGCUCGAGGUGGGAGAGAUUGCAAUUCACAAAACCGUCUUGGGGAUGCUAGGCAGUGGCUCACAUUUUUCACACUGCAUCUAAAAUUCUAAUCAUGGGAAUCUAAUAUUUUAUGACACAGUUUUG